AGUGCCGCGCGGCUCGGCCUAUGGGGCGGCGCGUUGUUGGGUUGCAGCGCCGCAGGCCGCACCCAGCUCGGGAGGUGGGGGCGAGCGGAGGGGCUGAGGGGCGGAGAGGCCGGGCGGGCCGCGGCUGUGGGCCAGGGGACGGGGGCGGAGCCGGAGUCGGAGCGGACGGGCGGUGGCCGCAGUGGCACCCCGGAAUCCCGCGUGCUGCCCACGAUUCGCUUCUGAGGAACCUAGAAAGAUUGUACAAUGAAUGGUGAUUCUCGUGCUGCGGUGGUGACCUCACCACCCCCGACCACAGCCCCUCACAAGGAGAGGUACUUCGACCGGGUGGAUGAGAACAACCCAGAGUACUUGAGGGAGAGGAACAUGGCACCAGACCUUCGCCAAGACUUCAACAUGAUGGAGCAAAAGAAGAGGGUGUCCAUGAUUCUGCAAAGCCCUGCUUUCUGUGAAGAAUUGGAAUCAAUGAUACAGGAGCAAUUUAAGAAGGGGAAGAACCCCACAGGCCUAUUGGCAUUACAGCAGAUUGCAGAUUUUAUGACCACGAAUGUACCAAAUGUCUACCCAGCAGCUCCGCAAGGAGGGAUGGCUGCCUUAAACAUGAGUCUUGGUAUGGUGACUCCUGUGAACGAUCUUAGAGGAUCUGAUUCGAUUGCAUAUGACAAAGGAGAGAAGUUGUUGCGGUGUAAAUUGGCAGCGUUUUAUAGACUAGCAGAUCUCUUUGGGUGGUCUCAGCUUAUCUACAAUCAUAUCACAACCAGAGUGAACUCUGAGCAGGAACACUUCCUCAUUGUACCUUUUGGGCUUCUUUACAGUGAAGUGACUGCAUCCAGUUUGGUUAAGAUCAAUCUGCAAGGAGAUGUAGUAGAUCGUGGAAGCACUAAUCUGGGAGUAAAUCAAGCUGGCUUCACCUUACACUCUGCAAUUUAUGCUGCACGCCCGGACGUGAAGUGUGUUGUGCACAUUCACACCCCAGCAGGGGCCGCGGUCUCUGCGAUGAAAUGUGGCCUCUUGCCAAUCUCCCCGGAGGCACUUUCCCUUGGAGAAGUGGCUUAUCAUGACUACCAUGGCAUUCUGGUUGAUGAAGAGGAAAAAGUUUUGAUUCAGAAAAAUCUGGGGCCUAAAAGCAAGGUUCUUAUUCUCCGGAACCAUGGGCUCGUGUCAGUUGGAGAGAGCGUUGAGGAGGCCUUCUAUUACAUCCAUAACCUUGUGGUUGCCUGUGAGAUCCAGGUUCGAACUCUGGCCAGUGCAGGAGGACCAGACAACUUAGUCCUGCUGAAUCCUGAGAAGUACAAAGCCAAGUCCCGUUCCCCAGGGUCUCCUGUAGGAGAAGGCACUGGAUCGCUUCCCAAGUGGCAGAUUGGUGAGCAGGAAUUUGAAGCCCUCAUGCGGAUGCUUGAUAAUCUGGGCUACAGAACUGGCUACCCUUAUCGAUACCCUGCUCUGAGAGAGAAGUCUAAAAAAUACAGCGAUGUGGAAGUUCCUGCUAGUGUCACAGGUUACUCCUUUGGUAGUGACGGUGAUUCGGGCACUUGCUCCCCUCUCAGACACAGUUUUCAGAAGCAGCAGCGGGAGAAGACAAGAUGGCUGAACUCUGGCCGGGGCGAUGAAGCUUCCGAGGAGGGGCAGAAUGGAAGCAGUCCCAAGUCGAAGACUAAGGUGUGGACGAACAUUACACACGAUCACGUGAAACCCUUGCUGCAGUCUCUCUCGUCCGGUGUCUGCGUGCCAAGCUGUAUUACCAACUGCUUGUGGACUAAAGAGGAUGGACAUAGAACUUCCACCUCUGCUGUCCCUAACCUGUUUGUUCCAUUGAACACUAACCCAAAAGAGGUCCAGGAGAUGAGGAACAAGAUCCGAGAGCAGAAUUUACAGGACAUUAAGACGGCUGGCCCUCAGUCCCAGGUUUUGUGUGGUGUAGUGAUGGACAGGAGCCUCGUCCAGGAUGCACCUCUCUCUGACUGUACGGAAACUAUCGAAGGGCUCGAGCUUACAGAGCAGACCUUUAGUCCCGCUAAAUCUCUCUCUUUUAGAAAGGGAGAGCUGGUGACGGCCUCCAAGGCAAUCAUUGAGAAGGAGUACCAGCCCCACGUCAUCGUGAGCACCACGGGCCCCAACCCCUUCACCACGCUCACAGACCGCGAGCUGGAGGAGUACCGCAGGGAGGUGGAGCGGAAGCAGAAGGGCUCUGAAGAGAAUCUGGACGAGGCUAGAGAACAGAAAGAAAAGAGUCCUCCAGACCAGCCUGCGGUCCCCCACCCACCUCCCAGCACUCCCAUCAAGCUGGAGGAAGGAGACGGAUGCGCUAGAGAGUACCUGUUACCCUAACCUUGUGCCGGAGCCAGCUACUGGGGAUGACAGUGAUGCCGCCACCUUUAAGCCAACUCUCCCCGAUCUGUCCCCUGACGAGCCUUCAGAAGCACUCGGCUUCCCUAUGUUAGAGAAGGAGGAGGAAGCCCAGAGACCCCCAAGCCCCACUGAGGCCCCUACUGAGGCCAGCCCCGAGCCAGCCCCAGACCCAGCCCCCGUGGCUGAAGAGGCUGCCCCCUCAGCUGCCGAGGAGGGGGCCGCCGCGGACCCUGGCAGCGAUGGGUCUCCAGGCAAGUCCCCGUCCAAAAAGAAGAAGAAGUUCCGUACCCCGUCCUUUCUGAAGAAGAGCAAGAAGAAGAGUGACUCCUGAAGGCCCCGCGCUAACACUGUCCUGUCCGGAGCGACCCUGGCUCCGCCAGAGUCCCCGACUGCGUCCGUGCCCUGUCCUUGUGUAAUGGAAUGCAAAAAGCCAAGCCCUCCACUAGCUAGGGGUCCCCGCACGUGAGCAGCCCUGUGUAGCCCUGGGCUGACCCCGCGUGUGCGCAGCAGCCCCACCCCCCGCCUCUUGUCCUCUCAGCCUCAGCUUCUGGGGGAGACGUGCUCUCCCCACAGCAGAGAGGCACUAAGUCAUGGUCCUAGCUGGAAGGUACUGGAGGCUUCUGCAGCUUUGGCCGCAGGUGUCACCCUCCUGAGCCUUGACCUUUCCUGCCAUCCUUCCUGUUGUGAAAUCAGCACAUUCUGUUUCUGCCCGGCUUCCCCUCCACCCUAAGGUCUCAGGUGACGGACUCAGACUCCUGGUUCCAUGUGGCAUUCUCUCUGCUCAGUGAUCUCACUUAAGUCUAUAUACAAAGCCUUGGUCCCGUGAAAACACUCGUGUGCCCACCAGCGGCCUUGAAGAGGCAGGUCUGGGCCAGACGCUGGGCAGGGAACGCCAGCGGCAGAUGGGCCUGUGUGCACCCAACGCGAUGCUAUGCAUGUCUGACCGAUGAUCCCUUGACCACAACCAGAUUCAGGAGCUCAGUUUUUUCACUUGGGUCUCUGGAUUCCUGUCAUAGGGAAGGUGUAUCAGGAGGGGAAGAGUCCUUUCUAGAAUUUUCUUUGAGUAGGUUUACAAUUUAGCUUAUAUUUUUUGACUGUGAACGUGAACAGGCUUUUUGCUUCUUUCCAGACCCCAUAGUAGAGCACUUUUCACUUACUUGGGGGAGGUUUCAGGGGAUCUGUUCUCACCGUUAACUCAGCCAGAAAGAUGCCCUAGUUGUGAUAAAAGGUAACUCGAGGUGGAGAGUAGCCCCGGGGCCCCUCGACACGGUCGUCACUGAGGGAGCCUGAGACGGGCGCUCCUUGGCUAAUACUGUUGUUUUCACUUCCCUGGAAGAGGCUGGAAAAGGGCUCAGAGCUGCUGAGCAGGAACUGGAGGGUGACCCAUUUCAGGAGCUGCCUCUUACCAGCCUGACUAGGUGCAGGCAAGCUUGUGUGGGCCCAACAGGCCCCUGAUAGAGCUGGUGCCAGGUGUGGGCUCAGACCCUGGGCAUGAUGGGCCGAGCCACCUCGGAUCCCACUGAUUGGCCGGCCGAGCGAGAAGCAGGCUGCUGCAUGGCACUGCCUGCCGCUUCGAGCUUCCUCUGAGCCGCAGGGCCUGCUACGCGGGCAAGCGUGCUGCCUCUCUUCUGUGUCGUUUUGUUGCCAAGGCAGAAUGAAAAGUCCUUAACCGUGGACUCUUCCUUUACCUCUUUUAUCCCGUUCCUUUACCCCACAUAUGCAAUGACUUAAUUUUCACUUUUGUAGUUUAAUCCUUUGUAUUACAACAUGAAAUAUAGUUGCAUAUAUGGACACCGACUUGGGAGGACAGGUCCUGAAUGUCCUUUCUCCAGUGUAACAUGUUUUACUCACAAAUAAAAUUCUUUCAGCAAUUUCUUUGUCUAAA